UAUAUAUUGACCCACAUUGGAUCAGUCUUAGCAUCUUAGAUGUACAAAAUAUAUCAACACCCGGGCAUCCUUCAGUUUUCCUGUUAUCGGAUAUGCAAAUUGUUUUUUGUUUUUAAGGUGCAAUGGCUGCAACAGCAGGUGAUCCAGAAAAGAACCAAAAGAACUUUUCACAUCCUUGACAAAAUAACCUCACAUCUUUGCACCGAAAUGCAACUCUUCAAGAACCAAACGUGGAAAUGUCUGUGGUACAAUCUCUGCAGGCACAAACCCAAACUCUGCCGGUCCCCUAUGAAUAUUCCUGGGGCCUGGAGGAGGGGGUUCACUGGCAGGGGUGUUGUGGUGUCCGUCCUAGAUGAUGGCAUCAAUGGAGAGCAUCCAGACCUUAAACCAAAUUACGAUCCUCUCGCCAGCUUUGAUGUGAACGGACAACACCGACGUCCUCCUCCGAGUUAUUACGGGACCGCUGCCAACUACCACGGGACUCGGUGCGCGGGGAUAGUGGCCGCCGCAAUCCACUCGCCGUGCACAAUAGGAGUGGCUUUCCGAGCACGGAUCGGCGGCGUCCGGAUGCUGAAUGGGCUGGAGGGGGAAACGACGGACAUCGUGGAGGCGCAGGCGCUGAGCUUCAGACCUCAACAUGUGGAUGUUUAUUUAGCUGGCUGGGGGCCGCAAGACGAUGGCGCCACUGUGGAUGGACCCGGGCCUGUGACUCGCCUCGCUUUGCAGAACGGCAUUGAAACAGGCCGACACGGUAGGGGCUCUGUUUAUGUCUGGCCGACGGGAAACGGCGGUGAAAAAGGUGAUCAGUGCUCGUGCGACGGCUACAGCAACAGCAUCUACACCAUCUCCAUCAGCAGCAUCCAGCACAGGAAUGAGGCAGGCUAUCAGGAGAGGUGCUCAUCAACGCUGGCUACAGCUUCCACUGCGGAGGAGAUUAAAAGAGGCAUUACAUUUCCGGUGUUGACUCCACAGCAGCGCUGCGGCACAGCUAAAUCCGGGUCGGCCCUCUCGGCUUCCAUGGCUGCCGGUGUCAUAGCGCUCACGCUGGAGGCAAACCCUCUGCUAACCUGGAGAGACGUGCAGCACAUCAUUGUUCUGACGUCAGAUGCCCGUCAGCUUGUGGCGGCCGACUGGAGCACGAAUGGCGCCGGACACAUAGUGAGCCACCUGUAUGGCUACGGCAUGCUGGAUGCUGAGAGCAUGGUAUUGCAGGCUAAGCGAUGGAGACCAGUCCCCACACAGCAUGCGUGCGUGGCGGAGGCACCCGCCCAAUUAAACAGAAUCAUCCAUCCAGGCACCGUGCUGACGUCAGCGUUGGAGACCGCCGGCUGCUCCGGCACGUCCAAGCAGCACGUCCAAGACGUGGAGCACGUGGUGGUGCGUGUCACCAUCGCAUGCGGUCGUCGUGGCGACCUUUCGAUCACGCUCACGUCACCUUCGGGCACAGUGUCACAGCUUCUAAACAAAAGGCCUCGUGACAACUCCACCGAGGGAUUUCACGAUUGGGAAUUCAUGACAACUCAUUGCUGGGGGGAACAGGCCGCUGGGGAGUGGACCUUGAGAAUGCGUGAUUCUCCCUCUGGAGGGAGAGAAAACUUUGAACCAGGGAUGCUGAAGAAGUGGUCUCUGGUGAUUUAUGGCACUACAGAGCCACCGUAUCUCGUUCAUCGCCGGCAAACGCGAUCGGCUGAGAUGCCGAAGGAUGAGGACUUCACUGAAGAAUACACUGGACCCUGCGACCCAGAAUGCAGUGACGAUGGUUGCGAAGGUCCCAGCCCCAGGCAGUGUGUCACAUGCUCCCACUUUUUCCUUAAAUUCAAGAACAACACACGGAUGUGUGUGUCAGAGUGUCCCAGGGGGUUCUGGGGAGACCGGCGACGAUGUAAGCGAUGCUACUUCUCCUGUGAGAGCUGUACAGGAAGUCGUAGUGAUCAAUGCACCUCAUGUCAACCCCGCUACCACCUGACUGAGGGGACCAGUACAUGCACUGCUGUCUGCCAGGAAGACUAUUACCUGGACCAUGAUGCAAAUAUGUGCAGAAAGUGCAGCGAGAACUGCUUGAGGUGUACCUCCUCCAGCGUCUGCACUGAAUGCAAAACAGACAUGAGCCUGCGCGGGAACCGAUGCCAGCGGAGCUGUGCGCCAGCACUCUACCACGACGAGGGGGAAGGUCUGUGCAAAGCUUGCCACCGGGUCUGCGCUGCUUGCGCAGGUGCAGGCGUUGAGGCGUGCACACAAUGUGCAGAAGGUUACUUAAUGGAGGAAUGGAGGUGUGUUCCCUCCUGCAGUGGCGGCUUCUUCGCCACAGAGCCAAACCUGGAGAUAGCUGACGGGCACAGGAUGUGUAGGAGGUGCGACGCCAGCUGUCUCACCUGUGUCGGACCGAGCCUGGCCAACUGCAGCAGCUGUUCCAGUGGUCACAGCCUGCAGGAUGGGGAGUGUGUUCUCAACUCAGCAUGCGCAGAUGCAGAGUACCAAGACGGUAACGGACAGUGUCACCCGUGCCACCAGACAUGUCUGAAGUGCACAGGACCGCAAGACUGGGAGUGCAUCAGCUGUGUUGCUUCACGCGCUCUGGACGAGGGUUAUUGCCUAGUGGAGUGCGCCAGGGGCAAGUAUGAGUCGGGUAGGCGGUGCCACUUGUGCGAUCACACCUGCGCCACGUGUGUAGAGGCGGGGCCGGCCAACUGCACCAGCUGUGACACUGACAAGUUUGAACUGGAGCGUUACCUGCACGAGGGCCACUGUCUCGACACCUGUCCCGAGGCUUUAUACCACACCAAGGACAGGAGCUGUGAGCCCUGCUCGGACCACUGCAGGCUCUGCACAAGUUUCAACCACUGCCUGAAGUGUAACUCCUCCUAUUACGUCUCAGAGGGAGCGUGCGUCAAGCUGGAGUGUGGAGAAGGAGAAGUCGAAGAUCCAGACUACAGCGACUGCAUGGCGUGCGAGGAAGGCUGCAGGCAGUGUGUCUUAUAUAACCCCAGGCAUUGCCUGUCCUGCAAAGAAGGCUUUUACAAUUUCCAGGAUGGCUGCUACAAAAACUGCCCCGCUAAAACGUACAGCGUAGAGGAGGAGAUGGCCUGCGUGCAGUGUGACGACAACUGUGUGAGCUGCGACCAGCACGAGUGCUACUGGUGCGAGACUGACCUCUUCCUGUCAGAGGGGAAAUGCGUGUCCGUAUGCCCAGACGGUUACUACGGCGACGAAGACACAAAUGACUGUGAAGAGUGUCACACAGACUGUGUGUCGUGCAUUGGCCCCCACCUCCACGACUGUGCUUCGUGUGAAGAGGGCAAAACACUGGAAAUUGGACAGUGCGUGUCUGACGAGGACGUAUGUCCAUUUGGGACGUUUCGCAGCGAGGAUGGCGAGUGUGAGGAUUGUCACCCGUCCUGUGAGUCCUGCUCUGGAGAAGACAGCGACCAGUGUGCAAAAUGUGCAAAAGGGCGCUUCCUGACCUCUCAGCAAACAUGCGUGUCAAAAUGUCCCGGGGCUUUUUUCGGCGGCCGGCUGAGCGGCGAGUGCGAGCCGUGCCCCGCCGGCUGUUUGCACUGCCUGGACUCUGAGCGUUGCACCCGCUGCCUGAGCCAUCCCAGGGCGCCGUUCUUCCUGCAGGACGGCCAGUGUCUUCAGAAGUGUGUCAGGGGUUAUCCUGCUGGCCAGGUGUGUCGAAGUUGCACGGCAGGUUGUGCGUCCUGCGGGAAGAACGCCACCUACUGCCUGAGCUGCGAGGAACCUCUGCUGCUACACAAUAACCAGUGUGUGGACCAGUGUCCUCCGGGUCUCACAGUCCGGCUCCACGAGUGCCAUUAUUGCCCCGCAGCCUGUGACGAGUGCAGCCCCCUUGGGGAGUGCACAGCCUGUGAGGAGUAUCAUUUCCUCCACGAAGGCCUGUGUAUGACCGAGUGCCCCGACAGCUUCUUCGGCGAUGACGAGAGACGGGAGUGUUUGCGCUGCCAUGCCGACUGUGAUUUGUGUGACGGUCCCAACGAUAACGACUGCGAUGCUUGCGUCGACCCCGGGGCGAUACUGUACAAUGGAGCGUGUGUGCCUGUGUGUCCUUCUCAGACCUUCAUGGACGCCGUGACAGGAGAAUGUAAAGACUGUGACGCCUCCUGCCUUACCUGCGUGGGCCCCUUGGCCGCCUCCUGCUCCAGCUGCAGAGAGGACCACCGGCUGGAGGAGGAGGAGGAGGAAGAGGGCAGAGGCCGCUGCGUGCUGUUGGCCGACGAGUGUUCGCCGCAACAGUAUCCCGACACGCACGGAGGAUGCCUUCCUUGUCACAAAUACUGCCAGCGCUGCUCGGGUCCUGAGAAGAGCCACUGCUUGAGCUGCAAGCUGAGACAUCUCCUACUCAAUGGCACCUGCGUGGAUCAAUGCCCGCCAGAUUACUACGCCGACGAGUUGCGUCAGAAAUGUGAAGCGUGCCACCCGACAUGUCAGUCCUGCGUGGGAAAACACCGUCACGAGUGUCUGACCUGCAAGGACCGCCUGUUUCGAGACGGCAAAGAGUGCGUGGAGACGUGUCGCCACAGUCACUAUGGCAACGUGGCCUCCAGGACAUGCGAGCCUUGCCACCCAAGUUGCGUGGAGUGUUCAGGGGGCGGAGCCGGCAGCUGCCUGAGCUGUGCCCCGGGUCUGGUCUACUUGCGGGGAGAAGGCCGUUGCCUUGCCGUGUGUCCUGAGGGGUUCUACAGCCAUGCCGAGAACUCAUCCUGCGAGCGUUGUCAUGCCAGCUGUGCGUCGUGCUCAGGGAAAAGCGCGCACUCCUGUGACUCCUGUCGACCAGGUUACCUCCUGUCAGGCGGGACGUGUGUGUCAGCGUGCCACACAGGAACGUACCCACUAAUGAAGGGUUCCAGCCACACUUGUGAGGACUGUGACCGCUCCUGCCUUCAAUGUCGAGGGCCCGCCCCCGCAGACUGCACCGUGUGUGGCGCGCAGGCCAUCUUGGAAGCCGGGGGACGCUGUCUGCUCUGUUGCCAACACGAGGAGGACGAGGGAGCGGAGACCAGGGCAGCGCACGACUGUUGUAACUGCACGGAAACGAGAGGCGAGUGCGUCCUCAGCACCAACUUGGCGUUCCGGAACGAGGAGGAAGAAGAAGAGGCGAGCGGAAAUCUGGCGGUCUUCAUCAUCGCCUGCGUCUUGCUGGUGGCCGCACUCGUCGCCGCCGUCUUCCUCAUCCAGCACUCCCGCUCCAAGAGGACGCCCUCCGACGCUCCCGCACGGGGUUACGAGAAGCUGGGCUCCGACGGCCACACAAGCUCCUCCUCCAACGCUUCCCACGGAGGACGCUGCAAAGACACUCAGCUGGUCGACUUCCGCCAACGCCACUCGGGCGGUAAAGAGGAGGAAGAUGAGGAGGACGAGGAGGACAUUGUCUACAUGGGCCAAGACGGAACCGUGUACAGGAAGUUCCGCUACGGACAACUGGGAGAGGACGAGGACGAUUUGGAGUAUGACGACGAGAGCUACACUUAUAGAUGAAGCAUGGGAGAUGUCCCUCAUAUUAAUACUUCAAAUAGUAUUGUGCAAAAGUCUUGGGUCACCUACAAAACAUGUCCUCCGGUCUAAAAGACGCCGUCUUUCGUGUGUGUUGACCAAAUACAAACCAGUUCAUAAGUGUGUCGCUAAACAAAAAAGCAUGGAAACAAACAAAUAUAAUAUUAUGUUCUGUAUUCGUUUUUAUGUUCUUUCCCUUAUUUAGGGACCGCAAUGUCCCUUUGGGACAUAGGACCUAUUGUAUUUUGUGCGUUUUAUUAUUAUUAUUAUUCCGCCGCCUCUUUGAGCUCUAAUUUGACCCUUUUAACAUACUUCAAAGCUAACCAUAUUUGACACACACAUCAGGACUGAUGAAAAUUGCCAUCUAAUGAAAAAAACCAAACCCCAAAACUCAAAAUUGCGCUGUAGCGCCCCCUAGGAAAGAACACAGACAAAACUGCUUGUAACUUCCGGUAGGAAUGUCGUAGAGACAUGAAACAAAAACCUCUAUGUAGGUCUGAUUUAGACCUAGAUUUCAUACAUUGACAUCUUUCAGCAAAAAUCAACAGAAAGUUGGCAAUUCUCCCUUCAAAACUACAUUUUAGUAAAAAACAGUCACUUUUGCUUCUUUGACCUGUAAUUUGACCCCCUUAACAUGCUUCAAAACUCACUAAACUGGACACACACAUCAAAACUGGCAAAAAUUGCGACCUAAUAAAAAGAAAAACCAACCCCAAAACUCAAAAUUGCGCUCUAGGAAGAAAACACAGACACAACUGCUCCUAGGAGGAAAACUCAAAAACUGGACACACACAUCAGAACUGGCAAAAAUUGCGACCUAAUAAAAAAACCCAACCCCAAAACUCAAAAUUGCGCUCUAGGAAGAAAACACAGACACAACUGCUCCUAGGAGGAAAACUCAAAAACUGCCUGUAACUUCCAGUAGGAAUGUAUUAGAGACAUGAAACAGGUCUCACUUAGACCUACAUUUCAUAUAUUGACAACCCCCAGCAAAAAUCAACAGGAAGUUUGCAAUUCCCCCUUCAAAACAAAAGUUUUGUAAAAACCGGUCACCUUUUUUCAAACAUUAUCUCCUCUGAGCGCGUUUGUCGUUUCGGCUUCAAACUAGCACCGGAGAGAGAAUGAACCUUUCUGAUUAAAAGUUGACCAAAGAGUUUUAAUUACUGUUUCGGUUUGGAUUUUAUGUGCCGUCAAAGUCGGUCCCGUCCAUCGCUGCUUGCAGCUUUAAUUUUCUUUUCUUUUUUGAUUGAUUGAUUGAAACUUUUAUUAGUAGGUUGUACAGUACAUAUUCCGUACAAUUGACCACUAAAUGGUAACACCCCAAUAAGUUUUUGAACUUGUUUAAGUCGGUGUCCACGUAAAUCAACUCGCACAUAUUCUCAUACUACGGUAAAUAUUCUCAGCAUUUAUUCAACCUAAACCGCAAAAAGGACGGGAAGCAGGCAAUAAUGGAGAGAGGCUUUUGAUUCUCUCAUUUGAAAACAAAUCACUUAGAGCAGGUUAGUAUAAAAAUGAGCCGGAAUUUUUGAAUGAAAAAAAACUGCCGUUCUAAAUGUGUCCACUAGAUGUCGCAAUAGCAAUUAUUUGUAUCUUUUUAGAUGAUGCUACAUAUGUGCAAAAAUAAACCACAUGAUGUUAAUGCACCAGUCGAGGAAAAUUAUCAAAUUACAUAAAUAAUAUCCUGUAAUUUGUUUCUGAUAUUAUUUUUUUUAUCUUGAUAGAUUGAAAAUGAACACCAAUGAGUGGAGUGAUGAACAUUAUUACAUAAUUUAUUCAGAAAAUAUAAAUAACGACUAAUAAAUGAUUAUCCGCAACAUGUAAGUGUAAAAAACAACAACAACAUUAUGAUUUGUACAUUUUCAGAAUGUGCUUGUUCUAUUUUAAAACAAAGAAAACAAUCUGAAGUUGUCUUUAUUUUUUAAGUUAUCGUGCCGUGAUUUCACCAUUUUUCUCCAUGUGGCCCCCGAUCUAAAAUGAGUUUGACACCCCUGAUUUAGAGAAUGAAUAAGCACUUAACGUAUUUUUCGGACUAUAUUUAAAACCCUUGCGACUUAUAGCCCGGUGCGCCUAAUGUACGUUAAUAGUUCUGGUCGUGCUUAUCAACCUCAAAGCAAUUUUAUUUGGUACAUGGUGUAAUAAGUGUGACCAGUAGAGGGCAGUCACACAUUAGAUACGUGUGGACUGCAGGUUGACGCCAGUUCAUUCAUUAUGAGAGACGUUUUUUUUACGAUUUUAAAGACGAUAAAAAACGUUUGUAAGCCCUCUAAAACAACUUCAAAACCCUCCAGCAAACAUUUUAUAUACACACUGCAAGUCCAUAUAUAAUGUAGUAACAGACGCUUUCAUAACAAUAUGUAAUAUGUUCAAUAUUUACCGUAUUUUGAUCAUUUGAAACAUUUCCAGGACUGAUUUAUUUUGCGCAUUGAUUUCUGUUUCCAUAGCAGCGCACGUCUGACUUCUGGCAACAUGUGUUCGUACUUGUUUUAAUAAUGGCAGACUUUGUAAACAACAAAGACGACUGUUUUUGGACAAAUGAGGAUUCACAACCUUAUACUUUUGAAGCUAAAUAUACUGCUGCUUAUAGAAGCAAGCACAAAGGAAGAGUGAGACGUUGGAGCAGACGGAAGCCGGGAGAGUGAGGUGAAAGUGUCUUUGACACUAUAAAUAUGGAACUUGGAGCCAAGCUAUUUCAACAUAAAUGGAUUGCUUACCCAAAAUCAACAGGAAAUGUCUCUGGCCAGCUGGACCAUACAAAAAACAGUCCAUCAAGUGAGUCACUUUAAUAUCGAUGAACCUCAAAGCAAUUUUAUUUGGUACAUGGUGUAGUGAUAAGUCUGACCAGUAGAGGGCUGUCACAUAUAGGAUACGUGUGGACUGCAGGUUAACGCCAGUUCAAUAAAUGACGCUAGCAAGUACCAGUAAGCAAGCAACACGAAAACGUUGAUGUUUCAUUGAGAAUAUAGAACAUUACACACGGCGCUUAAAAAUCCGUCAACAUUUUUUAGUACGACUUUGGUAAGGUACGAAGCCGCACCGCUUGAUGAAACGC